UUGAAGACACCAACCAUUCCCCCGGCUCAUAUCUCGCCAUGGCUGGGGGCAGACCAGCAAGACCUCGAGGAAGGCCACCAGGAAGGGUGGGCGCAAGGCAGACUGGAAGCUCAACUGGGAAUUCGCGAGGCUCUGGGCGUCAUCGCGGUCCUGGCCGCCCUCCUGGUCGUCCGCGAAGAGGUUCCGACUCGACCGUCGAAUCCAGGUCCCGGUAGCAAGAUGACCGUUGCCAACGUUUGCAACGUUAAUCUGGAGGGUCCCUGCAUCGUCCGUGGGAAGGUCGAGGUCGAGGACGAGCACAGGCUUCUUUUGCGCAAUCCUUCCCAAAAUACUGCCUACAUCGAAAUUCCUGUGUGCGAGGGCUAUUCUAUUGGAUAUGGCCCGUGGCCUGCGGUCUGGGCGUCGGGAAAGGCUGGUUGGUAUGAGAUCAAUCCAGCGCGGAUGUACAAAGAAAUGUACGAACACAUGUGUGAGGGCAUCACGCUCUACUACAAAAUCAUAGACGCAUAUGAUUCUCUGGAACGGAACUUUGUCAAGGCCAAAAGAUACAAAGCGUUACAGACGCCGAUCGAAAAGGUGCUCUUUAAGUACUCGGUCGCAAUCGGAGACGGCGCCACUCAUGACGAAGUUGAAAGUCGAUGUCAAAAGCACGCACCCUUCCUUCUGGCUCAUUUCGACCAAGAGAACGAUUUCAAAUGGAAGACGACAACCUUCCGGAAGUGGUUGACGGAAGAGAAUGAGAGCCUUGUUCAGAAGCUGGACGAAGCUAAGAAAAAAGGUCCUGCUGCGCCUGCGCCUGCGCCCGCAGAGCCGCCAGCAGCCGAUCCCGCAGAUUUGAAAGAGGAGUCAAACGAUAGCGCACAUGAUUCGCCGCAGCGCCAGUCUGUGGUGACUGACCGGACUAGGAGAAGCAAGUCUCGCGCGAGCAGACAAAGCGCAGAAGAGGACAUAGGGAUGGAGGAUGUUCAACCAGCUCCACCGCGUCGGUCCGAAACCUAUAUUCCUCCACCUGUUAUACCUUCCUGGCGGUCUGCUCAGUCAUCGGUGCCCUCUGGCCCAACCCCUGGGGAUCAAAGCUCGCCUGCUCCGACCCAACCUCAGGACCCUGUCAAGUUCCUUCUGGAGAUACUGGAAGAGAUCUUAGAGGCACAUGGGGGUGAUCCGCAGACCAUCCGGGAUGGCAAACUUCACACCGACAUGUAUAUGAGGUGCACCAUCAAGCAGUACAGCGCAGCAAGGGAAAUUACACACUUUUAUUCUAGGCCCCUUCUCGAGCAGUUGCCACAGAAAUGGAACUCAAGUCCUUUCUGGGGUUGGCUGACAAGUGUUGUCGACCAGCCCUGGGAGCCCAAGCUCCUCACUAAGGACCAAAUUCCAGACCAGUGUAAAAGACGCAAACGAAAGGACAAGUCCGUUUCAAAGGGCAAGGAGGCCAAGGAACCCGAGAUUGUUCCUCGAGGAGCUGGCAAGCGAUGGCCACCGACGCCCCGGCCCGCAGUUUUAAGACCCGGGACUGGUGCUAAAAGACCUGCAACUUACCAUAGCGACGACGACGAUGAAAGAGCCCGUAAAGCGGCACGGACAUCACAGGACCUAGAAGAGGAAAAUGAGGAGGACUCAGACUCGGACUCGGACUCAGACUUGGACUCGGACGCUGAUGACACCGGUGAAGCUGCCGAUGUUGCAAUGGGUUCAGAUGCAGCGCUCGCUACACCAACACCGGCUCCUCCUAUGGAGAUAGCUCGUCUCGUUGUCCGCCACGAGAAAAUACCUAGCAUGUCACCCAGCGGCCCUAAUGGAACCUGGAGGUGUGAGGAGGAUGGCUGCAAUUACAUCGUCCGCUCGGCCGAGGAACCGGAGGGCAAGGAUCUUAUUGCGAAGCACUUCCAGUACCACAUGGCUCAAGUCGAGAAGAUGAACCUCGCACUCUCAGAGGGAACUCGUGGUCACAUGCCUAUCAAUCAUCUCCUCGAAAAAAUACGCAAAAAGGGGGAAGAGGCAAACAAGAAGGAGCAGAGACAUGUUGAUGGGAUUUCUGCCCCACAGCCCAUCAAAAGAAAGCUGAUCGUCUAG